AUGUCUUUCCUAACACCGCAAAGCUGGCCAUGGCAGUCAACCAAAUACAUAACCUUGAAACCCACCAAUCUCGGAGACGAGGAAAAGAAAGCGACAGAAGAAGAGAUAACAGUUUCGCAGCAUAUCGCUGCCUUGCAUUCUGCUCACGAUAGCCUACGAUACGUUCAACUAGUCAAAGAGUCAUUCCAGGUGCAAGGACAUCUCGGAUAA